AUGGUCCAGCUGGGGAAGCUGCGCCGCGUCCUGACUUUGAUGAAGUUCCCCUGCUGCGUGCUGGAGGUGCUCCUGUGCGCGCUGGCGGCGGCGGCGCGCGGCCAGGAGAUGUACGCCCCGCACUCGAUUCGGAUCGAGGGGGACGUCACCCUCGGGGGGCUGUUCCCGGUGCACGCCAAGGGUCCCAGCGGAGUGCCUUGCGGCGACAUCAAGAGGGAGAACGGGAUCCACAGGCUGGAAGCGAUGCUCUACGCCCUGGACCAGAUCAACAGCGACCCGAACCUACUGCCCAACGUGACGCUGGGCGCGCGGAUCCUGGACACUUGUUCCAGGGACACUUAUGCGCUCGAACAGUCGCUCACUUUCGUCCAGGCGCUCAUCCAGAAGGACACUUCCGACGUGCGCUGCACCAAUGGCGAGCCCCCGGUUUUUGUCAAGCCGGAGAAAGUAGUUGGAGUGAUUGGGGCUUCGGGGAGUUCGGUCUCCAUCAUGGUAGCCAACAUCCUGAGGCUUUUCCAGAUCCCUCAGAUUAGUUACGCGUCGACGGCUCCCGAGCUCAGUGACGACCGGCGCUAUGACUUCUUCUCUCGCGUGGUCCCACCCGAUUCCUUCCAAGCCCAGGCCAUGGUAGACAUUGUAAAGGCGCUAGGCUGGAAUUACGUGUCUACUCUCGCAUCCGAAGGAAGUUAUGGAGAAAAAGGUGUGGAAUCCUUCACGCAGAUUUCCAAAGAGGCAGGUGGGCUCUGCAUUGCCCAGUCCGUGAGAAUCCCCCAAGAGCGCAAAGACAGGACCAUUGACUUUGAUAGAAUUAUCAAACAGCUCCUGGACACCCCCAACUCCAGGGCCGUCGUGAUUUUUGCCAACGAUGAGGAUAUAAACACAUCCUGCACCUGCCUUGAUGUCACUGACCACUUCCUCCUGGAGGUCACUGCCUGUCAGUACCUAUACAGCUUUGCGUCUUGCAGCGAGGCCAGAAUAAGCAGGGGUACCUGUGGACCAGAAGCCCUGUCUGUGCCACUUGUCACAUCGACAAAUACUGAGAGAUCGGAUUUGGUGAAUAAGGAAAGACAGGUGUUCGGCGAGGCCAACACUGGGAAGACAGCAGACGGCAGUCCAAAGACACCUCCACUGAACUGGAUGAGAGACGAAACUCACAGGAUGAGUUUUCCAUUGUCUUCAGGGCAGAAUGACAAGGAGGGCUGGUCUUGCCUUCAGGAAGGAUUACAGGAAGCAUAUUGUGGGGGGGGAGCAUCUGGGGGGCAGUUGCUGCUAGAGGACAGUUUUCAGUUUAGUCACAGACUUCCAGUGCUCUGCAACGGGCUUAAAGUCAUCUUCUCAAUGAAGCGUCACCUGACCCUGCUAUUGAAAAUUGCUACACCUCCUACCACAACUGAUGAUCUCCUGACUCUACUCUUCUUACUUUACGGCACACAUAGGAGUGACAUCAGCAAAAUGGCAGAGCAGAAUUCAGUAUCAAGCAACUAUUGGCCUCCAUCUUUAAGAACACUGAUGAGCCAGAUUGAGGCAUAUAUUGACAGCUUUUUCAACAUAGAAUUCUCUCUUGAUUUCGUAGGCCAGCACUUACUCAGUUGGCCAGUGCUGAGACCUAAACCUGAUUUUUACAAUGCCCAAGAUGGGGAGGGAGGCAGAUCUGGGAAGGCUAAACAUUUUCUUGCAGGUUUCUUGCCUCAUUCUGAGUUUUUUCGGAUUCUUCAGGUAGAGGUGACGCCUGGAGAUGCCUUCAUCUUUGAGUUAAUAAGCCAACCUGGAGGACAUCCUUUAGAAGUGACAAUCUCAGCUUUGGAUCAGUCACCUACACCAUUGUAUUCUGCAGAAGGCAAAAAUAAAAUCUGUGAUGGUUGUCGUGACAUUCCUUCUGAGGCCCUCGUGAGCAGUUGCACGCAGGAGGUAAAAAUGAUAGACCCAGGAGAUUGGUGCCCGUAUGCAGAGGCUCCAGCUAAAGGUGGAAAGGAUGCCUUAAUGCAAGCAGGUUUCAUAUUUCCAGCAGAGAAAGUGGACGCACCUGAAUUCUCAAACUUGCAGUCCCUGCAGACUUCCCCAGGUUGUUACAAAAAUAUUAAGACCAUAUUUAAAAGCCAGAGAUUUGCCCUGCAAUCUGAGUGGCUGGGAGAAUAUUUCUCUGUGUUCAUGUCUUUAUCUAAAGCAGGAAAUGGAAAGAUCAACAAAGAAGACAACAGACAGGUAAGAGCAAACUUUAAAUCAUUUAAAUUCAAUAAAUCAAGUCCAUCUUCUUCUGUGGCUCUUGAUCUUCAGCUCCAUAAGGUUCCAAAUUCUUCCCCAGGCCACAAACAGGAUACUGUGGAAGAUGGAGUUGGAUUCGAUGCCUACUUUACGUCACGCACACUUGAAAACAACAGAAGAAAUGUGUGGUUUGCCGAAUACUGGGAGGAAAACUUCAACUGCAAGUUGACGAUUAGCGGGUCAAAAAAAGAAGACACAGAUCGCAAAUGCACAGGACAGGAGAGGAUUGGAAAAGAUUCCAACUAUGAGCAGGAGGGUAAAGUUCAGUUCGUGAUCGACGCGGUCUACGCGAUGGCUCAUGCUCUGCAUCAUAUGAACAAGGAUCUCUGUGCUGAUUACCGCGGCGUCUGCCCAGAGAUGGAGCAAGCUGGGGGCAAGAAGUUGUUGAAGUAUAUCCGCAACGUGAAUUUCAAUGGCAGUGCUGGAACCCCAGUUAUGUUCAACAAGAAUGGCGAUGCACCUGGGCGUUAUGACAUCUUUCAGUAUCAGGCGACAAACACCACUAACCCUGGUUACCGUCUGAUUGGACAGUGGACAGAUGAACUUCAGCUGAAUAUAGAGGACAUGCAGUGGGGUAAAGGAGUCCGGGAGAUCCCCGCCUCAGUGUGCACACUGCCGUGCAAGCCUGGGCAAAGAAAGAAGACACAGAAGGGAACUCCAUGCUGCUGGACUUGUGAGCCUUGCGAUGGUUACCAGUACCAGUUUGAUGAGAUGACAUGCCAGCAUUGCCCUUACGACCAGCGGCCCAAUGAAAAUCGAACUGGCUGCCAGGAUAUCCCUAUCAUCAAACUAGAGUGGCACUCCCCCUGGGCCGUCAUUCCUGUCUUCCUGGCCAUGCUGGGGAUCAUCGCCACCAUCUUUGUCAUGGCCACUUUCAUUCGCUACAAUGACACACCCAUCGUCCGGGCGUCUGGAAGGGAACUCAGCUACGUUCUGUUGACAGGUAUCUUUCUUUGCUACAUCAUCACGUUCCUAAUGAUAGCCAAACCUGAUGUGGCGGUGUGUUCUUUCCGGCGAGUGUUCCUGGGCUUGGGGAUGUGUAUCAGUUAUGCGGCCCUCUUGACGAAAACCAAUCGAAUUUACCGUAUAUUUGAGCAAGGCAAGAAAUCAGUGACAGCUCCCAGACUCAUAAGUCCAACAUCACAGCUGGCGAUCACUUCCAGUUUAAUAUCCGUUCAGCUGCUAGGUGUUUUCAUUUGGUUUGGUGUUGAUCCACCCAACAUCAUCAUAGACUAUGACGAACAUAAGACAAUGAACCCUGACCUAGCCAGAGGAGUUCUCAAAUGUGACAUUACAGAUCUCCAAAUCAUUUGCUCCUUGGGAUACAGCAUUCUUCUUAUGGUCACAUGUACUGUGUAUGCUAUCAAGACUCGGGGCGUACCAGAGAAUUUUAAUGAAGCCAAACCCAUUGGAUUCACUAUGUACACGACGUGUAUAGUAUGGCUUGCCUUCAUUCCAAUAUUUUUUGGCACCGCUCAGUCGGCAGAAAAGCUCUACAUUCAAACCACCACGCUUACAAUCUCCAUGAACCUAAGUGCGUCAGUGGCGCUGGGGAUGCUAUACAUGCCGAAAGUGUACAUCAUCAUUUUCCACCCUGAGCUCAAUGUCCAGAAACGGAAGCGCAGCUUCAAGGCGGUAGUCACGGCAGCCACCAUGUCAUCGCGGCUGUCACACAAACCCAGUGACAGACCCAACGGGGAGGCGAAGACAGAACUCUGUGAAAACGUAGACCCAAACAACUGUGUACCACCAGUAAGAAAGAGCGUACAAAAGUCUGUUACUUGGUACACUAUCCCACCAACAGUAUAGCUUUUGACCGCUUUCC